AUACGCCGGUCGUUCGGGUGUGUGCCGCUACAGUGUUUUUUGGCAGUGAUGUAAACAAUUGAAUUUGAAUUUUUCUAUGAAUCAACACACUCUAAUAACACAAGUGUUGACAAGAAUAUGUGUUGAAGUUUAUUUUACACAAGCACCAGUGGAUUUUGGUGGGAUUUUUGUUUUUAAAGGUUGCCAAAAUGGCGGCUCAGUUGCCUCUGCAGCUGCUCCUGGCUAUGUUCGUGCCAGCGAUUGCGCAACUAGAGAUGAAGUUCACCAAAUAUCCUGAGUCAGUGAUAGCUCCCCUCGGUGACAGAGUCACGUUUGAGUGCGAAGUAAAUGUACCAGGGGAAAGGUUUGUGUGGCGAUGGAAACCAGAUCGGGAUGACGAGCUGUGGACUGAAGUGGUGGAUGGAGACGGCAAGAAGAUUAUACCUGGACUACCAGGAAGAAGCACCAAGCUGGAGAUAGAAGUCAUGAUGAAUUUGGAAACCACUUGGUUCCAGUGUGUAGUGUGGUAUGGAGCUGUAAGUUUAACAUCAGUACCUGCCCGUCUCACAGUGGCGAGGUUGAUCAACGCAUCAGACAGAAUCACUGCUGAAGAAAGAGUGGUCACAGCACCUCUUCACAACACUGUCAUCUUACACUGCAAGGAACCUUUAUCAGAACCCCCUGCUGUGCUCACGUGGUGGAAAGAAGGGUCUAAGGGUAAGAGAAGACAGUUGGAAACUCCUCACGGCGUGCUGGUGAUACAUAAUGCGACUUCAGACGACAGUGGAACAUACACCUGCAGGGCCACCAAUGAGCUCAGUGGAGAGGUGCUCGAUGUGGCUCAGAAGACUCAUUUGAAUGUUCAAUAUGAAGGAAGCAGGGAAGUCAGAUUCCUAGAAUCCAAAGAGUACGUGGGUGUUAUAGAUGAAGAUGUGCUGACUAUGCCAGUAAAGCCUAACGGAGUUCUUCGGUUAUGGUGUGGGGCGGUCAGUACUCCACCUCCGAAGAUCUCAUGGUCUUUAGAAGGAGAGGGAGAGUUGAAAGCAUUCGCCAAUCAACAUAUGCUGAUGAUAUCACCUUUUACUCCUGCGAAUGAAGGUGUAUACGCGUGUUCAGCAAAUGGCAUCCGUCGUUCUUGGAAAGUGUUGGCCCUACAACCUCCUCACUGGGACGGGAACGUUUCAGUAUCAACCCCUAACGAGGGUGGAAGGGCACACGUCACGUGUGGAAACUCCUUUGGCCAACCUCCUCCUCAAGUCUACUGGGUGCUGAAUUCCGAGGUGCUGAAGAACGAGAAAGGGAUUAAAGCUAACAACACGGACCUGUUCAUCGAGCACGUUGAGAAGCGUCACGCAGGCAUCGUGCAGUGCUUUGCCUGCAACACGCUCGGCUGUGCAUACGGAGCCGGCAUGCUGUCUGUAGUACCAUUGCAGAUACCUGACCAGGAUUAUCCAGUGGAAACUCCAAAAACACGUUAUUCGGUUCAACCACCAAAAAGGCAUAACAGAAAGAACCCCAGAAAACAUAAAGCCGUAAUGAUUCCCCCAUCAAGGCCUAACGUUACCCGGUUGAAUGAUGAAAGCGUCAUGGUGUCAUGGUCGCAUGACAAUCAAGGACUACCCAUCCGGUUUUUCAAGGUGCAAUAUAGAGAGGUUAGCAACACCAGCAAUGUUCAGUGGAACACUGCUAACCAAGACAUACCUGCAUACAUACAUUCCUACCAGAUAGACGGGCUAACUCCCGGCAAAUACUACAAGUUUCGCAUCGCAGCAGUAUAUUCCAACCAGGACAAUAAGUUGGGAAAGAGUAGCGCGCGCUUCCACCUCCAGCGCGGCGGGUUCAAGGCGCCGCGCGCGCCCGUACUGUCGCGGGCAGUACCCAUGUCACCUACUACCAUACAGCUCGAGUGGACGUGGUCAAGCGGUGGCGAGGUAGAAGCGGAAGGUUUCUACGUGUACUACCGCGCGGUGUCGUCUGCCGGCGCGUACGAGAAGGUGACGACGUCGGGCGAGCCGCGCGCACUACUGCUCACACACCUGGCGCCCGACACCAGCUACGACAUCAAGCUGCAGGCCUACACUGCGCAGGCUGCCUCAGAGUUCAGUGCUAUUAAGACUGCAAAAACGCUUCGUCCAGCGUCGGGCACCAGCCACAGCGUUGGUGCCGGCGUGAGCAGCGAGGGGGCGGGCGCGGGCGCAGGCGCGGGCGCGGGCAGCAGACAGGGCGCGCCGGCCGCGCUGGUGACGGCGGGCGGCGCGCUCGGCGCCACCGCGCUCCUCGUGCUGCUCGCCAUCGCGCUGCUGCUGUGUCGCCGCGCCAGGAGACCCACCACCGACAAAGAGAAAGGCUCAGUGCCGGAGACCGGAGCCACGAACGGGUACAUCCCUGCUAAAGUGCCAAUCACUAUUACAGCCAACCCUAUGCAUUCCGAGGGCGGCGAUGCAGGUGUAGAAAUGUCAUUUUUACAUAACAACAACACUGGCAACAAUGACGACACCCUGCCUCACUCAAGGAAAAACGGGCCAGCACCGCGGCAGUAUGUGUGAAAAUGGAUCCCAAUUCCUAAGAAAUAAGGUUUCAAAUAAAAGAGUUGCCCCAAUAAACUACCAUUUUGGUAGGAAACAAAAUUUUGGAGGGAAGAAUGUGAUAGCUAUCCUUUUAUCGCCAUAUCGAAGUGUACGGACUUAUGACAGUACAAAAUUAUAUUUAUAUAAUAUUUACUUAGUGUAGGCAUUUGUGAUUAUUUAGUGUCAAAGCACUGAAGAUUUAAAGCAAUUUUGCUACAACAACGGGCUGAAGGAUUUUGUUUGAUUAGCUAAAAUUGCUACAAAUAUGGUUUGAAUUAUUUAUAAGACAAGUUUAUGAUAAUUUUAUUUAUUAGAGUGUUGAGAACAAGUAUAGAUCUGAAGCUAGAUGUAAGUUUGUAUUAUUUUAGUUAGGGACGCUUAGCGUGAUGCGCUUUAGCCUGUUGCUUGAUAAGAAUCUCUUCAGUGUUGCCAGAUAAAGUUGCAAAAAUAAAAGAAACGGUAGAAAAGGCAAUGUACUUAAGAAUUGUUAUGAAUUUUGUUAGAAACAAAAUUUUGUAUUUUGACUCCUUUCAGUAAUUUUCUGUUUCAUUAUAUUUUAGGUUUUGUAAAUUUGUUAUUUAAGUUUUUUUUUAUUAUUUUUAAGGUUGUGACGCACAGGCAUUUAUACUACAAUGACUACGACUCUUAUUUAUUCUUGCACAUCACAAUAAAUAAUCGAAAUGAAUUAUUUAAACAGCAAAAAUAUGUUUUUACAAACGAAAACUAUUAAAGAACGUACUUACGAAAUAUUUAAUGAAUUCAAGAUUUUUACUAUGCACUAUGAUAUACAUAGUUGUAACUGCGUUCUAUACGGUAAUGAUCUAGUAUUAUAAUGUUAUGACUUAUACGCAUUAAGGACUGCCUUGAAAACAUUACAACGAAAGAGUAUUUUUAAUAUGAAACGAAAAAAUCUAUACAACUGGAAUUUAUUAUAUUAUCAUGAACUAACCAAUCACAGACAACCACAGAAUA